AUGACUUGGCGUGUACUCUUCUCACUAGCCACAGGGUUCAUAAUCAAGCUGGCUAGCUGUCAGCUUACAGGCAUACCAACGACGCCAUAUACGCACUCUGACGAUGUCUUCCAGUUCAGCAAAGUGAAGCAGGUGGUCGUCGACGCGGCAUAUGCGCAGCACCGCGACUCUGAGGGCCAGACUCUUAUUCCACCCACGCUACGCGAGUUUGCCGAUACUUUUUCAAAAGACUUGCAGGCGUUUGGUAUACAUGUCAGCGUAGUUGAGGGUUCCAGCAACUCGGAUGGCGACAUCUUCCUCACUCUCGGUAACUCCACCGAGAGUCAAGAUGCCGCAGGCCGGCCAACUUCAGAGGGCUACAGUCUCGCCGUCACAAGCUCUAGCAUCACCAUUACCGGCGCGAGUCCUCUUGGGGCAUGGUGGGGAACAAGGACCGUUUUGCAGCAGGCCGCUCUACAAGACGGCUCCAUUGCCGCGGGCACCGGCAACGACGCACCUGGCUGGAGCACCCGUGGCAUGAUGCUUGACGCCGGGAGACAUUUCUACCCCAAGGACUUCAUCACGGACAUGUGCGCCUACAUGUCAUUUUUCAAGCAGAAUACCCUUCAGCUCCAUCUCAGCGACAAUGUCAUUAUAUCGACGAUUGAUCGGAACAACUUUAUGGACAUUUACGCUCGAUUCCGGCUGUGGUCUGAGAGUGAGACGGUUCAAGGUCUGAACACUCAUCUCAAUGAAUCAUAUACGCAGGAGGACUUUGAAGAAAUCCAGAGCAAGUGCGCUGCCAGGGGUGUCACCAUCAUACCCGAGAUAGAGGCGCCGGGCCACAGUCUCCCGUUCGUGCAGUGGAAGCCACAAAUAGGUUACGAGGGAGACUUGAGUCUGCUGAACAUUUCACACCCAGACACAAUUCCUACUCUCAAGACCGUGUGGCGCGAGUUUUUACCAUGGUUUCACUCCAAGGUCGUUUCCAUCGGCGCAGACGAGUACCAUGGGCCAGUGGAGGACUACAACAACUAUGUCAUUGCCAUGAAUGACUUCAUCGGUGAAUCUGGCAAGAGGAUCAACAUUUGGGCGACCUUCCCUCCCCGAACGAGCCAGUCAGCUCCCCAAAUUCCCACCAGCGUCUCCAUUCAGCACUGGGCAUAUGUCUUCGACAAUCCUCUCGAGGACUACAUCAAGAACAACUACUCCGUCAUCAACUCUGACGAAAUGUACUAUAUUGUGCUCAAAUGCUGCGACUACUAUGGCUCUAUCGAUCUCGAUACCGUAUUCGCAGGAAAUCCUGCCACACAAGGUGCUUGGUCUCCCUACAUAUUCAGCAAGUCCAAAGCCUCGGACAACCCUUCCCGUUCUGAACCCCUCGUUGAAGGUGCCAUUUCUCCAAUGUGGAAUGACCGUGGCGCAAACACUAGCGUCUACUCGGAAGCUUACUACGCCUGGCGAGAGGGCAUACCCGCAUUAGGUGACAAGCAAUGGGGUGGCAACCUGACCAAGGCCCAGUACGAUGAUGUUCUUCCCAAACUCUGGGGUCAUAUUCCGGCUCAAGAUCUCGAGAGGAGUAUCCCUUCGCAAGGGAGCAAUAUUUUCGAGUACAACUUCAUCGGUCAGGGCGAGUCUAUAGAGGACCUUUCACCGAACGCAUACCACGCAACUACUGAUUGCGAGCGGACAUCUUCGACUGUGCUUAUCACGCCGACUUGCUCACUGACCACGCCUCUGGACUCCAAGGGAAGAGACUACACGCUUUCAAUGACGAUUCAGGUCGAUGAGCUCAAUGAUGUGACCAACACAACUCUCAUCUCUGGUCGCGAUUCCGUCCUCAUGCUCACCCCGGACAUUACUCUUUUCGCAUCGGGCAACUAUUAUCGCCUCAAUAGCACAAUUCCGCUGAAAAGGAGAGUCGGGCUUAAGAUUAUUGGACGAGGAGCGCAGACAUUUGCAACGGUCGAUGGCGGCGAAGAGCAAGAAUUCCUUGCCCAAAUAGGAGUGGACAACAAGAAAAUAGUCCCGGCUCCCAUGGCAAUUGAAGCGCCUUUAAAGGCCAUUACUGGAUGGACUGGAGAGGUGGUUGGGUUUAAUCUUACAAGUGAGGCGUAG